AUGUCUUCCGGAGCUUUCACCGCAAGCAUCCACGCCACACUCCUAGGCGCCGUCUCCAACCUCGUCGGCCAAGCGAUAGCAUCCAUUCAAGCAAAUAGCCCAACCAUCGUCAUCUACCCCUCCGACGUCACCCGCUUCGCCCUGUGGUGCCUGCUCUCCACGCCCCCGAACUUCACCUGGCAGCUAUGGCUAGAGGACAAGUUUCCCGGCCGGAACCCCAAUCCCGCCGCCCACGCAGUUGACCGGAAGGAUCCCGCCGCUGUUCCUCCUCCCACGGAAGAAGGAAGCCUCAACAUCCGCAACACCGCCAUCAAAUUCCUCCUGGACCAAACCAUUGGCGCGGCACUCAACACCGUCGCCUUCAUCAUCUUCAUGCAGCUCUUCAGAGGCCGAUCCGUGGAGUGGGCUUUACACGAGUGUCAAGUGGCUUUCUGGCCUAUCAUGAUCGCUGGGUAUAAGUUUUGGCCUGCGGUCAGUAUUGCGAAUUUUGUGCUGGUGCCGGCGCAUUUGAGGACGACGGUGGGGUCUGUGGCGGGGUUAUUUUGGGGGGUUUAUUUGAGCUUGAUCGGGGCUGGGGGGAAAACUUUGUGA